AUGGCCUUGAGAGUUGCCGUGGCCGGAGCUACUGGGGACUUGGGCGUCCCCAUCGUGAAAGCUCUCUUGGCUGCAGGCUACCAUGUGACGGCUCUCACACGAGAGGGCAGCAAUAACACCUCGAAACUUCCCAAGAGCCCCAACCUCUCCAUAGCCCAAGUCGAUUACUCCUCGGUCCAGUCCCUCGAGAAGGCUCUUCAAGGCCAUGCUGUCGUCAUCUCAACUCUAACAUCUACAUUCGUCGGUGACCAAAAUCCUCUCAUUGACGCCGCCAUUGCUGCCGGCGUGGCAAGAUUCAUCCCUUCGGAGUUCGGCAGCGACGUCCUCAACGAGAAACGCAACCAACUGCCGGUCUUUGAAGGCAAAGUCAACACUCUUGAGUAUCUCAAGGCCGCGGCCACUAAGAAUCCCGCCUUUACUUACACGGCCGUGUGCACUGGCGCUUUCUUGGAUUGGGGUCUGCAUGGCUUCAUUGUCAACGUUCCUGAGCGCACAGCCAUCAUUUACAACGGCGGCGACGUCCCUUUCUCGGCGACCAACCUCGGUACCAUUGGCAAAGCUGUCGUUGGAAUUAUCGAACACCUCCCUGAGACGGCCAAUCGCCCAGUGUACAUUCACGAUGCCGUCGUCACCCAGAAUCAACUCAUUCGGUACGCCAAAGAAAAGGACGGUCGAGAAUGGGAGAUUACGCACAAGUCUACUGAGGAAAUGCGUCUUUCUGCGCUGGAUCAAGUGGCAAAGGGAAAUACCGAUUGGUCGGUUCUGCAGGCUUUUGUCUUCAGCUCCUUUCUUGGAGAGGGAUACGGCGUUGACUUUUCGGAUUGCUUGGAUAACGAGCUUUUGGGAGUCAAGGGGUUGACGGAGGAGGAAGUUAGGAAACUGGUUGAGAGUCUUCUAUAG